AUGUACACAUUCGUGGAGUUAGCGGAUGGCCGUCCCACUAGGUGUCAGUUUCAUGUUAAACUGCCAGAGAAUGUUGUGGUGGCACGGAGUGUGAAGUUAAGAUCAGACUUAGUCAACAGAAGCACAGGUUCGGAGACAUUCAAGAGACGCCCAUUGGUGAAGGCGAUAAAGGAAAAUAUAAAAACCACAAAAUCAAACCACCAAUGCAACACAAACACAUUAGCUAUGUAUGAUAUUUCAUGUUCACCGAUCCACUGCGUUGAGGUCUGCGACUCAGGGAUCGGACCAGGGCGACUCUGUCCAAAAGGCGAACCUUUCGUCCAACCCCAAACCACGGUGCCUGGAGACUGGAAGCUGAAGGAGGAGGAUCGGGUAGGAUACCAACUUCCGGGAAUAGAGAAGAAGGCAAUGGUGAGGAACACCAACUCCUACAUGGAUGUGAGGAAUUGGCAGGAAAGCAUCAACCCCCAAGGAAGAGCAAGUUCCCAGUCUCCCACAGAAAGCAAGUUCCCACGAUCUACAGAGCAAGUACCCACGGUCUCCUACAGAAAAGAGCAAGUAAGUUCUCCCACAGAGCAAGUUCCCACGAUCUACAGAGCAGUUCCCAGGUCUCCCACAGAAAGCAAGUUCCCACGGUCUCCUACAGAGAGCAAGUUCCCAGUCUCCCACAGAAAAAAGCAAGUUCUCAGUCUCCCACACAAAGCAAGUUCCCACGAUCUACAGAGCAAGUUCCCACGGUCUCCCACAGAAAGCAAAUUCCCACGGUCUCCUACAGAGAGCAAGUUCCCAGUCUCCCACAGAAAGCAAGUUCCCACGAUCUACAGAAGCAAGUUCCCACGAUCUCCUACAGACACCAAGUUCCACAAUCUCCUACAGACACGAAGUUCCAUGAUCUCCGGUGAGGAGUUCCCAGUCUCCUACAGAGAGCAAGUUCCCACGAUCUCCCCACAGACACCAAGUCCCACACCUCACAGACACGAAGUUCCCACGAUCUCCGGUGAGGAGUUCCACGGUCUCCUACAGAGAACACUAAGUUCCAUGAUCUCCGGUGAGGGAGUUCCACGAUCUCCUAGAGAGCAAUUCCCACGGUCUCCUACAAAACACGCUCCCACGGUCUCCCUACAGAGAGCACGUUCCUACGAUCUCCUACAGACACGAAGUUCCCAUGAUCUCCGAGAGCAAGUUCCCACGGUCUCCUUACAGAGAGCACGUUCCCACGUUCUCCUGCAGAGUAAGUUCCCACGGUCUCCUACAGAGAGCACGUUCCCACGGUUUCCUACAGAGAGCAAAUUCCCACAAUUCCCUACAGACACCAAAAAGCAAGUUCCCACGAUCUCCCUACAGACACUAGUUCCCAUGAUCUCCGAGAGCAAGUUCCCACGAUCUCUACAGACACGAAGUUCCCACGAUCUCCUACAGACACCAAGUUCCCACAAUCUCCCACAGACACUAAGUUCUCAUGAUCUCCGAGAGCAAGUUCCCACGAUCUCCACAGACACCAAGUUCACACCUCCCUACAGACACGAAGUUCCCAUGAUCUCCUGUGAGGGAGUUCCCAGUCUCCUACAGAGAGCAAGUUCCACGAUUACCUACAGAGCAAGGUCCCACGAUCUCCGAGGUUCCCACGGUCUCCUACAGAGAGCACGUUCCCACGGUUUCCUACAGAGAGCAAAGAGCAAGUUCCCACGGUCUCCCCUAAAAACACGUUCAGGGUCUCCUACAGAGCAAGUUCCCACGUCUUCUACAGAGAGCACGUUCCCACGGUCUCCUACAGAAGCAAGUUCCCACGAUCUCCUACACACUAAGUUCUCACGAUCUCCGAGAGCAAGUUCCCACGGUUUCCUACAGAGCAAGUUCCCAACGAUCUCCAUACAGACACCUCCUUUGAUCUCCGGUGAGGAGUUCCCAGUCUCACAGAGAGCAAGUUCCCACGAUUACCUACAGAGCAAGUUCCCCACGAUCUCCGUUCCCACAGUCUCCCUACAGAGAGCAAGUUCCCACGGUCUCCUUCAGAGAGCACGUCCCACGUUCUCCUGCAGAGUAAGUUCCCACGAUUUCCUACAGAGAGCAAGUUCCCAACUUCCUACAGAUUCAAGACUCGGUGAGGAGUUCCACAGUCUCCUACAGAGAGCACGUUCCCACGGUCUCCCUACAGCAAGUUCCAACGAUCUCCUACAGACACUAAGUUCCCAUGAUCUCCGAGCACGUUCCCACGGUUUCACAGAGAGCAAGUUCCCACGAUCUCCUACAGACACCAAGUUCCCACGAUUUCCUACAGAGCAAAGCAAGUUCCCACGGUCUCCACAGAGCAGUUCCUCACGGUCUCCCUACAGAGCAAGUCCCACGGUCUCCUACAGAGCAAGUUCCCCACGGCUCCUACAGAGCAAGUUCCCACGGUAUCCUACAGAAAAUGAGUUCCCACGAUCCCCCAACAGACACUAA